AUGGCGUCUGCAACUUCGGCCACGAUGGGUGCCGGAGGCUCCGACGAUGACUACAAGGAGAAUGACCAAGUCUCUCACAUCAUGAUGUGCCCUGAUUGCAAGGAGUUCCCGCCCAAUUUGGCCGAGGAGUUUAGUAGCGGUGACAUGGUGUGCGCAACUUGUGGGCUCGUGGUCGGAGACAAAAUCGUUGACACGCGAUCUGAGUGGCGUACGUUUGCCAACGAUGACACAAACAACGAUGAUCCUUCGCGUGUCGGUGACGUUGGCAACCCUCUCUUCGAGGAUACCGUCGCGACGUUGCAGACCUCAAUUGGCAGCGAGGGUAGCAACUCGUUUCAUUUGAUGAAGACGCAGCAGAAGACAGUUGAGAAGGGAGCGAAGAACCUCAAGGAAGGUUUCUCGCAGAUCAAGACCCUCACCGAUGCUCUCCAAGUUGGCAACAACGUCCGCGACACCGCCAUGCACAUCUUCAAGCUCGCCGAUGAGAAGAAAUUCUUGAAGGGCAAGCCCCAGGAAGCUGUCAUUGCAGGAUGCAUCUUCGUCGCGUGCCGUCAAGGCGGUGUCGCCAGAACCUUCCGAGAGAUUUUCAACCUGACCCGCGUUUCCAAGAAGGAGAUCGGCAGGGUCUUCAAGCUCCUAGAGAAGUUCUUGGUCGACAUUCAAAACGAGGGCGACAAAAUUGGCCAUAGCGCUGUAUCCACCGUCCACAGCUUUGAGCAGCGAGGUUCGACUAAUGCGGAGGAUCUCGUCCGCCGAUACGUUUCUCAGUUGGGCGUCCGCAAUCAGUCCGAAGUCGAAUCUGUCGGCAUGCUUAUCGCGAAGAAGACUGGACAGGUUAGCACCCUGGCCGGACGCUCUCCUCUGUCGGUUGCUGCGGCCUGCAUCUUCAUGGCUACCCACUACUUGGGUGAGGCCAAGACAUCCAAGGACAUCGCCGUGGUGGCUGGUGUGAGUGACGGUACUAUCAAGACCGCCUACAAAUACCUUUACGCCGAGAAGGAGUCCUUGCUCGACGCGGAGGCUUUUCAGAAGAGCCGUGGCCGGGGUAAGAUCGAGAAGUUGCCUGCUGCAUAG